AUGUCCGAUCGUCAGAAAUACACUGUCGGCUGGAUUUGCGCCAUCCACACUGAAAAUGUUGCUGCAACAGUCUUUCUUGAUAAAGAGCACGAGAAGCCGGACGUACCGCCUAACGACAAUAAUGCAUACACCGUUGGUGAGAUUUGGAAACACAAUGUUGUCAUCGCUGUUCUGCCUGCUGGAGAGUACGGAACAGCUUCUGCUGCAUCUGUUGCGAGAGACAUGGUGCAUGCUUUUCCCAACAUCAGAAUUGGGCUGAUGGUGGGUAUUGGAGGUGGUGUCCCUACUAAGCGUGAUAUUCGUCUAGGGGACGUGGUUGUUAGUUACCCUCAGGAUGGGUAUAGUGGGGUGUUUCAAUAUGAUUUCGGCAAGACCCACCAGGAUAAAAAGUUUCAGUGUACAGGAUUCCUGGAUCAGCCCCCAGCUGUCCUACGGGCCGCUUUAAGCACGCUAAGGAGUCGGUACGAGAUAUAUGGGCAUCACAUAGAAAAAGAUAUCGAAGGGGUCUUUGAGAAAGUGCCAAGAUUGCGGAAGAACUAUAGCCGGCCCGAGUCAAGCAGUGACAGGCUAUUCAACAGCGAAGUUUUGCACGAGGUAGCCUGUACCACGUGUUGUAGUGAGGACGUGGCAAAAUUAAGAUGGCGACCAGAACGAACCGAAGAAGAAGAUAACCCGGCAAUACACUAUGGUCUCAUUGCUUCUGGAAAUCAGUUAAUGAAGGAUGCUAUGAUUCGGGAUAAGCUAGCUGAAGAGAAGGGGGUUCUAUGUUUUGAAAUGGAGGCAGCAGGAUUGAUGAACCAUUUCCCGUGCUUGGUGAUUCGCGGCAUAUGCGACUACUCAGAUUCUCACAAGAACAAACAGUGGCAAGGCUAUGCAGCGAUGGUGGCUGCUGCAUAUGCCAAAGACCUUCUCCGUCAAAUUCAUCCGAAUGAUGUUGGAAAGGAGCAGAAGAUCACUGAUGUUUUACCUGGAAUUUACGAAGUAUUGAAGGACCACCGUGCCACAUCAAACAAGCUGCUGCAGAACUGUGAGGACUUCGCCAGGAAGAGGUUGUCUAACGAACAACAAAGAUGUCGCCAGCUCUUUCGCCUGACAAGGAGCGAUAGAGACAUCACAUAUGAGCAGUAUAAGGACCAGGUCAAAGAAAGAGUUGAUGGGACGUGUAUGUGGUUUCUCGACCAUCCGAACUUCCAGACAUGGUUAAAAGAAGAGUCGGGGCCUCUGUUGGUCUCAGCGGACCCUGGCUGCGGGAAGUCAGUGUUGGCGAAGUAUUUGGUUGACCACGCCCUGCCACGGUCGGCAACAAUCUGCUACUUCUUCUUCAAAGCUGAAGACCAAAACACUAUCAGACAAGCACUUUGUGCACUGCUUCACCAGCUCUUCUCCCAAAAGCCACAGUUAACCAAACAUGCCAUGACCCAGUACCAAAAGAAUGGGGAUGGAUUGAUUAAUUCAACUAUAUCCCUCUGGAACAUCUUUGAGAACGCAACAAAGGAUCCCCAAGCAGGGCUGGUCAUCGCUGUCCUAGACGCCCUUGACGAGUGUCUAGAGCCAGAACUCCGAAACCUGAUUGAAAAUGUGAAGAGACAAUGCACUGGUGACCGAAUAAUAGAGGGCCAGCUAAAGUAUUUAUUAACAUGCCGCCCAUACGAGAACAUAGUUUCCGGAUUCCAAGAUUUGCGGAAUGCAUUCCCAUACAUCCACAUACCAGGCGAGGAUGAGUCGAAGGCCAUCAGUCAGGAGGUAAAUCAUGUCAUUAGGCACCGGGUUAAAGGACUGUCGCCGCGACUUCCACCCGAAGCCGUUACCUAUCUCGAGAAGAGGUUGCAAGAGGGUACCCACCGCACUUAUCUCUGGGUGUAUUUGGUCUUCGACUAUCUGGAGACGCAAAACUACAAGAGAACAUUAACGGCUAUCAAAGCUGCUAUUGGACAACUUCCAAACAGUGUUAAUGAAGCAUAUGAUAAGAUUCUCAGCAAGUCUGGCGAUGAUGGGAUCGUUUUGAAAGUCCUAAGCAUUAUCCUGGCAGCAAGUCGGCCACUAACAGUCUCAGAAAUUAAUGUUGCUUUGAAUGUCGAGCAAACUCUACAGUCCCUACAGGAUCUUGACCUAGAGCCUGAAAAGCAGUUCACGACACGCCUCAGAUCCCAGUGCGGCCUGUUCAUCUCAAUCUACGAUAACAAGAUUCACUUCCUCCAUCAAACUGCUCGAGAGUUUCUCAUAGCUAAGGCAUCAAUUGGGGAAGUCACCGAGCAUGGUCCAAAGUUAAGAUGGCAGGAAUCCAUCACCACUCAAAAAGCACAUUAUGUUCUGGCCGAGCUUUGCGUUCUCUACCUAAAACUGUUUAACAUGAAUGACACCGAAGACCCUUAUGGCUGCUCUCCGAGUGGUCUGAGCGAAAGAAAAUGCCACCGCACUAAUCACACCGCGUUUCUAGAUUACUCGGCCCUUUUCUGGAGCGUCCAUUUUCGCGAGGCUGAUAUUCAUGAGAAUGAAGCUAUUAUUUGGGCCCUCAUGGAAAUUUGCAAUCCGAACACCAAGUGUUACCCAGAAUGGUUCAACAUAUACAGCAAAUCUACUCGCGGCGUGGUGCCUAGCCGUCUCCACGGUGUCGUAAUGGCGUCGUAUUACGGCUUUUGCGGCGUUCUCAGAAAGCUUCUCGACGAGGGCGCCGACAUCAACGAAAGGGACUCGGAACAUCACAUGCCGCUUCUAUCAUGGGCCAUUGAGAAUAGGCACGAGGGCGUCGUUAAGCUGCUGCUCUCUUACAAGACCAUAGAGCUGAAUGCCGAGGAUAAAUACAGCUCAACACCACUUAUGCUUGCGGUGGAGAAGGCGCACGAGCCCAUUGUGAAACUGAUGCUUGCUGAAGAACGUGUUGACCUUAACAAGGUGUCUACAAUCGGACAGACACCGCUUUCCUUUGCCAUUCAAUACGGCCAUUUAUCAAUUGUCAAGUUGCUUGUUGCUGAAGAAAGAGUUAACAUCAACAAGCAAUGCAUGAGCUACGAUGAGGCGGACAAUGAUGUGCAUGGUACACCACUGUCGAUAUCCCUCUCCCUGGGCUACGAGAGCAUUGCCCUGCAGCUUCUUGGUAGAUCUGACAUCGACGUUUCCGGCGAAGUGCACGUAGAAGGCAAUGAUGGUGAUGAAAGGCGUAAGGGUACAGCGCUUUUCUUUGCGACCGUGAUGAAGUCUGAGAUUCUUGUCCGUUUGCUACUUGCCAAAAAUGGCAUUGAAAUCAAUGGUAGAGGAUAUAUCGACGCUGAAGCCGAAUAUGAUGACAGCGGUUACUCAGGAACACCGUUGUUUGUUGCUGCGGCCAAGAAUAAUGAGACGAUUCUGAGACACCUAAUCGCCACACACGGAAUUGAUCUCAAUGCCCCAGGCUUUGUCCGAAUUUAUGAUGAAGAACUUGAGUCGUCGGGCCGUGACGCUAUCCAUCAAGGGACGCCUUUGUCGAUUGCAGCCUCAAGUGGACACAUGACGAUUGUGGGGCUUCUUCUCACCGUGCAAAAUGUCGAUGUCAACGCCCGAUGUUACAUCAAGGAUCUAGAGUUGACGAAGCUGCCACAAUCCAGGAUGACCAAUUGUCAUGAUAUCCUUGCCCAAGGGACACCGCUGUUCCUUGCGAAUGCUCACGGGACAGAAGAAGUCGUUAGAUUGCUGCUGACCAGGGAUGAUCUCAACGUCGAGUGUGAAGGCUGCAUGGUGAACUACCCUGGAUACUGGGGCGAAUGUGGUCUUGGCCAUCUUACCUAUGUGGGGAGGUCACUACCUUUUGCAGCUUGGACUGGAAGGAAGGUAAUUGUUGAGAUGUUGCUUGCCAAAAAUGGUGUUGAUGUCAACACCCGGGCACACAUUAGAUUUUGCCCUGACACAUAUCACAAUGAGCAAGACUUUGAGGUCUAUUCGCAAGCCACGUCCUUGCUUUUAGCAGCAGCUAAAGAAUAUGAGGAUAUUGUCAUGCUCCUCCUCAAUUCUCGAAGGGCAGUGGUUGACGCCAAAGACGAACAUGGCCGGACGCCGCUGAUGUGGGCCGCCUGUAGGUCCAACAGAACCAUCUGCAAGCAGCUCAUCGAGCAUGGUGCUGACAUUAAUGCAAAAGAUAAUUCUGGCUGCACCCCACUUUUUGAUGCAAUUAGGAAUGGAAACCUAGAGAUGGUCAAGCUACUAUUGGAAAAUGGAGCCGACAUUUACGCAGGGAAUACUUCCGGGUGUACACCAGUCGUCCAUGCUACCAGGUUGCGGAACUGGGAGAUAGUCGGGCUGCUACUCGAGCAUGCGGCAAAUGAUGACAUGAUGAAUAAUUCCGAUUCCACUCCAAUCAUAUGUACUAUCAGAGAGGAUGGUGAGGACAUGGUCGAUCUGGUGCUUUAG